AUGCCUCCAAAGAAUGACGAUGACUGGUCGGACUCCGACGAUGACGACCUCUCCGAUAUCGAGACAAACGUUCAACUCGGCCUCUCAGACGGACCGAUCGAGACAUCCGAGGACCUGCGUGAUGCGCGCGUAUCGCGACUAGGCGGCCAUGCUGUGUUCCUCAGCUCGCCACCACCGCCUGCGACCUCCGCUCAAUGCAAAACCUGCGGCGAACCCAUGUCUUUGCUCGCGCAAGUUUGGUGUCCCCUCGAGGAGAGCCCGAAUGAUCGCGCGCUGUAUGUGUGGGGAUGCGGGCGAGGAGCAUGCCAGAAGAAGGACGGCAGCGUGAGAGCAUGGAGACAGCUGAGGUACAACACAAAGUACGCGGAGAAGCUAGCAAAGAAGGCCGAGAGACAGAAGGCAAAGGAGGAAUCGGAGCGCAAAACCGCCGAAGAGGCUGCUCGUCGUAGCCUGCCGAAGGCGAACCCUUUCUCGAUGAAGUCAACUGCUGCAUCAAACCCCUUCGACCUGGGAUCCCAAGUAUUCGGGAAUACACCAACACCAACAGAGCCGAAUGAUGCUUCCUCCCCAUCCGAAGAGGCUGUCAGUGACGAGGAGGACGUUGAAGAACCCCACGAAGACGCAGAUCUUGCUGCCCGCCUGGCAAGCACCACGCUCGACGAUUCGAAAUGGACGGAAACGCCCGCGUACGGCGCGCUCUACCUAUCCACCACGGCGGAAUACCUUCCACCGGCGAAGAAGGUCAAGGUGCCCAAGGGUGCCGAGGUUGACGAGGACGACGAGGGCACAGGAAAAGGCAAGGACGGAGGCUGGGCGCUGGAAGGCUACGAGAACUCGAUUGAAGUCGAUCAUGCAUUCGAGCGCUUCACCAAGCGAGUAGGCUACGAAGGCGGACAAUGCAUACGAUAUGAGCUGGGAGGGACGCCACUCCCAUUCGCGAGCGAUGCCGUGUUCGACAAGCUCUUCCCCGCACCGAUCGGCCCUCCUCUCCCCGUCACUAAACCGGACUUCAUGGUCGUCCCCGUUCAGAAGCGUACCUACACGCCCGCAUCAAUCCCGGCGUGCCCUCACUGUGGCGGCCCACGCGCAUUCGAGUGUCAGCUCAUGCCAAACCUCAUCAACGUCCUCCGCGCGUCGACGAAGACGGGCGAGGGGAAGAAAAAGCUGAGCGAUGAGGAGCGGCGGCAGCAGGUGAUGAAGGAGCUCAAAGGCGAGGGUGCGGAGGGAAGGGUAGGCAUGGAGUGGGGGACGUGUAUGGUGUUCUCGUGUCAGAAGGACUGCUCGGACGAAGCCGCUCGAGGAUGUUGGCGCGAGGAGCUCGUCCUCGUGCAGUGGGAUGACUAG